AAAAACCAUAUCAUUAGCACUGUAUCGUUAUAUGUGUCAGAAAAUAGUUGGAUCAGAGAAUCAUGUUAAAAAUUUGAGAUUGAUGAAUACUGUCAGGGAUAAUAUGACGAGCGAAAAUUUUACUACCUAUAUUACAAGUGGAAGUUUUGGUGAAGGACUUGAGAUGAGAGGUAGUGAUUUAGAUGUAAUGCAUGUAAUCAAAGAGAUGGAGGUCUAUGAAAACGUCCAAACGUCUUUAAAUUCAAAUGUUUUAUAUUUGUCAAUGGAAACAGAUGAUGUAAAAGCUGGUUUCGCUCAGUUGCAAGUUAAACAAAAUCAUAGUCCAGGUCAAAUUGAAUCCUUUGAAGAACAUAAUGGAAAACAUUACUUUUCGAGCACAUUAUUUAAACAAGCAGUCAAGCAUAAUUCAAAUAGUGUUAUACAUGGGCCAUGUAUAUCUGACAAAGACGGAACAUAUGACCAUGCCGUGUGCUUACAUUGUAAAACAUGGAUAUCACAAGCAUCACAGUGGAUAACAAGAUCAAAUAACUCAUGGCCAAGUUACAAGGUCAAACAAAGUGUUAUAAAACAUGGAGUACUUUUUGUACCAGUAGGAGUAAAGGAAUCACCAAAAGAGAAUAUAGAAUGGCGAAUUUCUUUUUCUGUUGGUGAAAAAUUUCUUAUUCAUACUUUUACACAUACACAACUGUUAUGCUAUGCCCUCCUGAAAAUUCUUUUGAAAGAUGUAAUAUCAACCUACACCGAAUGUGAAGAUUUACUCUCUUCAUACUUCUUGAAAACAAUUAUUUUCUGGAUAUCAGAAGAAUUACCACAAUCCAUAUGGAAACCAGAAAAUCUUAUACAUUGUUUUAAGCGAUGUUUAAGUAGACUGAUUUCUUCUGUUGACUAUUCAAUUUGUUUACAUUACUUCAUUCCAGAAAACAACUUGUUUGAGAACAAAAUAGAGGGACGCGCUCGUAGAAUACUAUUAGAUAAACUUUAUAAACUGCAUAGUUACGAAUGGCGAUGCUUGUUAUUUUCAGAUCAAUUAUCUAACUUUCAGGUAUCAAUGUGGAUGAAUCCAAUCGAAUCACAUACAUUGCAUACUAUCGAGGUAGCAAAAACUAUUAAAUCAAAAUUAUUAUAUUUUGCUAUUAAUAUGAAUUAUGUUUUUGAGGAUGACAUUGAUGUUCACAAAAGAGGAAUACAUCAGACAGUUUCCUGUCACCAAUCUUCACUAAAAUACUUGAAUACACACUGCUUGUCAGUGUUUUGUGGACAAUAUGCGCAGCAUGUUCAACUGAAUAGUUCUAGAAAAAAUAAUAAACAUCAACACAAACAAUACAAAUCCUGUCUUUGUACUAUCAUGCAAAAUGUUUAUCAUGACAGUGUUUCUGGAUGGCUGAUGUUAGCUUCGUUUUUCUAUAAAGUACAACAAUAUGGUAAUGCUUUACACAUCAUCGCAUAUUCGAUAUCGAAAUGUACCCCCGAAAAAGUAUGCCGCUUAAUGGAUUUGUCGGGUAGUCAUUUUCGAAGUUCCGACUUGCAAUUAUCCAAGAAAACAAGUAUUGUACAAUUGUGGAAAAUAAUUCUUAUAGAUAAUCUGAAAUUUACAAGGAAUUCUCGGCUAAUACCAAAUGAACUUCAAAUGGAAGUGGAAAAUGGUUCUUAUCGUAUUUCUUCUAUAGAGUAUAUAUUUUUUUCUAAAAAUGUUAUGUCAUUAUCAUCUCAGUAA